AGUCUGCCUGGGACGAGUUCAGAACGCAAUGGAUACUCUAAAGCAACUUUUAAUAGAAGUAGUUAUUUUCCUGCUAUUUGCGGAAUUCGGUAGGAGUUUGGUGACCGAUAUGCAGUGGGCCCAGUACAAGGCGAAGUACAGAAAGCAUUACAAAUUGGACGACAAUUAUCACCGGGCGAUAUACAACAGAAGGGUUCAAAUUGUGGCCAAUCACAACAGGCUGUAUGCCCAGGGCAAAGUGGGAUUCCGGAUGGGUCUGAACGAGUUCUCCGACACCGACCAGGGACUACUCUUCAGAUAUAGAACGGCGGUACCACCUCCUCAAGAACCAACAGUGGGAUUCGUUGCGAAACCAGCGGGAUACAGGUACUACAACCAGAUUACCAGUGGAAUAGACUGGCGGCAGUACGGCUACAUAUCGGCAGUUGAGAACCAGGGCACCGACUGCCUGAGCUGCUGGGCCUUCUCCGCCUCGGGAGUCCUGGAGGCCCAUCUGGCGAGGAAGAACUCCCGGCUGGUGCCCCUGUCGCCCAAGCACUUGGUGGACUGCGUUCCCUAUCCCAGCAAUGGCUGCUUCGGUGGCUGGGUGAGCGUGGCCUUCAACUACACGAGGGAUCAUGGGAUUGCCACCAAGGCAUCCUAUCCCUAUGAACCGAAACAAAAGGACUGUCGCUGGAAGCCCCAAUGCAGUGCAGGCACCUUGCGCGGCUAUGUCACCCUGAAGAACUACGAUGAACGGGAACUGGCCGAGGUGGUCUACAACAUUGGACCCGUGGCAGUGUCCAUUGACCACCUUCACGAGGAGUUCAAUCAGUACUACGGUGGCAUCUUGAGGAUUCCGACCUGCAAGUCGGACAAGGCAAACCUCACUCACUCCGUUCUCGUGGUGGGCUUUGGAACCGAUCCUACCUGGGGCGACUACUGGCUAAUCAAGAACUCCUACGGGACGGAAUGGGGCGAGAGUGGCUACUUUAGACUGGCCAGAAACGCCAACAAUAUGUGUGGGGUGGCCUCUCUUCCACAAUAUCCGCUUGUAUGAGUGUAUCGGAAUGGUAUUAAAUAAAUUUCUUUAAGUGUAUUUCAUUUUCUUGAUAUGGUACAUGUUUUUUUUAUCCAAAAUGGAUUCCAGAUGUUAAGUAUUCAAGAGGGACAUCUUACAUUGGAUUUAAAAGUAAUCGAUUAACAGCAAUUGUAAUGACCUGAUCAAUGACUAGUGAUCAGCUAGCAAUAAAACCUACGAUUUAUGUUUAAUUCAUAGGGUAUCAAAGAACUUAAGACAAAUAUGAUAAGGAAAAUA